AUGCCACCAACCACCACCGCCAGUGACAACCGACCCCCAUUCACACUCCCGAACUUUUUCAAAGACAUCCACAACGGAAUCAUUGGCUUGAUUAUCAACCCGCAAGCAACGAGAGUCACGUACCCACUAAUCAUCUGCAUCGCUUCAAUCGUCACCAAAAUCAUAAUCAACAAAGUCCCAUACACUGAAAUUGACUACACCACAUACUUGCAACAGAUUGAUAAAGUGAAUGCUGGUGAAUUGGACUAUGCCAACAUUUACGGAGAUUCCGGGCCCAUAGUGUACCCAGCUGGUUUCAUUACAGUGUAUCAAUACAUUCAAUGGCUCUGUGGCGACAAUGUGAAGGAAGCACAGUAUAUAUUUGGGUACUGUUUUACAGCAACGUUGGCAUUGGCGUGUUUUGUUUAUGCGCAGAUUUGGGAUUUACAACCGUGGCCGAUAUAUUUGUUUUUGGCAAGUAAGCGAUUAUUGUCGAUUUAUGUGUUGAGGUUGUUUAAUGAUUGUUGGACUACGAUUUGUAUGGUUGGGGUUGUUUUGUUGUUGCAGCAAGCUGCUGUUUUCAAAGAGGCUUAUAAGGGGAAAAAAGUGGAUUUUGUCGAUGAAGAUGAGAAAGGGAGGGUCAAGGCAGAGGGGAAGAAGGGCAAACGCGACGUAAGCAAGGAUGAGAAAGUUGCAGUGCGUGAAGUGAUUACGGGGUCAUCUUGGUUCGACAUUAGCUUCUUGUUGACAAUAAUUGCAGCUGACUUGUACAGCAUUGCUAUUUCAAUCAAGAUGAAUGCAUUAUUAUAUGCGCCAGCGUUCCUUCUCAUAAUAUACUUCCUCAACGAUGAAAACUUGUUGAAGUUUAUCAUUUUUGUGGCCGUAGUCCCAUUGGCUCAGGUGAUGAUUGGUUGGAGGUUUUUAUUACUCAUGUUUGAUGAUGACUUGGCCAAGACAAUCAGAUGGAAUUACAUCUCCAAUGCAUUCAACUUUGGUCGUCGGUUCUUGUAUAAAUGGACGGUCAAUUGGAAAUUUGUACCCGAGUCGAUAUUCACUUCAAUCCAAUUCGGACGUGCCUUACUAGUGCUCCAUUUAACCUUACUUUUAUUUUUCACAUUUACAAGGUUUCUCAAUCACAAAAUCAUUGGCAAAUCCAUACCACAAUUGAUUAAAGAUUCAAUCAACCCUAGCCCCACCAUCUCACCAAGCAACAUUUUCUUGAACCCAUUAGUUGCCCCACAGAUCAUUUUUUACAUAAUGACAAUCACAAAUCUCAUUGGGGUGUUGUGUUCACGAUCACUUCACUAUCAAUUUCUCGCAUGGUACGCUUGGACAUUACCCGGUUUGCUCCAUUUGAACUUCCCUGUGUAUGUUGGCGUGCCGCUUUGGCUUGUUCAUGAAUGGUGUUGGAAUGUGUUUCCAGCAACCGCUUCAAGCUCGGCUGUUUUGGUGCUGUUGUUAACAAUUAUUUUGGUUUUCAACUGGUAUAAUUUCGAAGCAUGGUUUCCGAAACAGAGUACAUUGAAGGAAUAUGAUGAGUUUGUCAUGCUACAGAAGCAGGAAGAGAAGCAGUUGUCUAACAAGAAAACUGAAUAG